CGUUGGCGAAUUUUGACAACGCUUCGCUUCCUUAAUUUGAAAUCCAAGAGGGAAAAACACAGCGAUUUUUCCAAAAGAGCAAACUUUCACUCUCCAGGAAAAAGAAUACCCCCGAGAUUCUUAAAGUUCUCUCACUCCUGAUUCUCUGAUCGAUCUGUGUUUUGCACUUAAACCCUAGAACUCCUUUGUUAAAGAGUGUAAAAGAAUGUCCAUCACUCCUGAUCUAUCUAAAAAAGUAGGGAUGGGAAUGGCUGCAUCUCCAUCUCCUUUCCUCACACCUCGUCCGGAACGGCGGCGUGUGGAUCUAAGAGGGGUCGAGUGGAACUCAAAUCGUCAGGACAAGGACAAAGAGGUUAACGUGCAAGUUGUGCUAAGAUGCAGGCCUUUAAGUGAUGAUGAGCAAAAGUUGAACGUCCAAAAGGCGAUAUCAUGUAACGAACACAAAAAAGAGGUCACUGUUUUGCAAAAUCUAGCCAACAAGCAAAUUGAUAGAGUUUUCACCUUUGACAAGGUUUUUGGGCCAAAAGCACAACAAAGAUCAAUAUAUGACCAGGCAAUUGCUCCAAUUGUCAAUGAAGUUCUUGAGGGUUUUAACUGCACUGUCUUCGCAUAUGGGCAGACAGGAACUGGUAAAACAUACACCAUGGAAGGUGGGAUGAAAAACAAGGGUGGUGACUUGCCAGCUGAGGCAGGUGUUAUUCCAAGAGCAGUUCGUCAAAUUUUUGAUACGCUUGAAGCCCAAAAUGCCGAUUAUAGUAUGAAGGUGACAUUUUUAGAGCUGUACAAUGAAGAAGUAACUGAUUUACUUGCUCCGGAAGAAUAUUCAAAAUCUGCGGAGGAUAGGCAGAAAAAACCUAUUUCCUUGAUGGAGGAUGGAAAGGGUUGUGUGAUCGUAAGAGGCCUGGAAGAAGAGGCUGUGUAUAGUGUAAAUGAAAUUUAUACUCUCUUAGAACGAGGGGCCGCCAAAAGGCGAACAGCAGACACAUUGUUAAACAAGCGCAGCAGCCGAUCUCAUUCUGUCUUUUCCAUCACUAUCCAUGUAAAAGAAGCAGUUAUUGGGGAUGAGGAGCUAAUUAAAUGUGGAAAACUUAAUCUUGUUGAUCUCGCAGGAUCAGAAAACAUAUCUCGUUCAGGUGCAAGAGAGGGCCGUGCAAGAGAAGCAGGGGAGAUAAAUAAGAGCUUACUCACCCUGGGCCGUGUCAUAAAUGCACUAGUAGAACAUUCCACUCAUAUACCUUACAGGGAUAGUAAACUUACAAGACUGUUACGAGAUUCUUUGGGAGGGAAAACAAAAACUUGCAUCAUUGCUACAAUAUCUCCAUCCGCUCAUUGUUUGGAAGAAACACUAAGCACACUUGAUUAUGCCUAUCGUGCCAAAAACAUUAAAAACAAACCUGAGGCAAACCAGAAAAUGUCCAAGGCUGUGUUGCUCAAGGAUUUGUAUUUAGAGAUUGAGAGAAUGAAAGAAGAUGUUCGAGCUGCAAGGGAAAAAAAUGGUGUUUACGUUCCACGUGAAAGAUUUGUGCUGGAUGAAGCUGAAAAGAAGGCUAGGAAUGAAAAAAUAGAACAAUUGGAGAAUGAUCUUGACCUUACAGAGAAGCAAGUGGACAAGUUCCGGGAGCUAUAUCUUACUGAGCAAGAGCAGAAAUUGGAUAUAGAAAGUGAGCUCAAAGAUUGCAAGAUGAAUCUGGAGACCAGAAACAAAGAAUUACUUGAAGUUCAAGAGAAUUAUAGGGUAGCCAUCUUAACACUGAAGGAGAAAGAGUUUAUCAUCUCAAAACUGCUGCAGUCAGAAAAUUCUUUAAUUGAACGCGCCAAGGAGUUGCGUACUGAUUUGAAGGAUGCAUCAGAUGAUAUAAGUUCCCUUUUUGCAAAAUUAGAUCACAAAAGCAAGAUGGAAGCGGAAAAUCAGAGCUUAGUAUUGACAUUUGGGUCUCAGCUUGAUCAGAGUUUGAAAGAUCUCCAUAAAACAAUUCUAGGAUCUGUUUCUAACCAAAAGCAACAAUUAAGAUGUAUGGAAGAGCAUGUUCGUACACAUAUGGCCAGUAAAUCUGAUGCAACACAGGUACUAGAGUCAAAGAUUAAAAAAAUGACCGAGACAUAUAGUACAGGAGCCACAACCUUGGAGGAGCUUGCCUACAUGCUGCAAAGAAAAGCAUCUUCUGACCUGGAGCAGAUGAAGGCUACAAUAUCAUCACAAACAAUGGCUGUUGAAAAUUUUCUUGUCACCGCUGUUAUGGAGGCCAAGGAGGUUAUCUGCCAUAUCCAGAAAUCUCUCAAUGAGCAGAAAGAACUAUUGGCUUUCUCAACUCAACAACGAGAGGAGGCAAUCAAACAAAGUUUGGCUUCAGCGAAAGUAAUUUCAGAAGCAAGUGUGAAUUUUUUUAGUGACAUCCGUGGUCGCGCUUCUCAAGUUAUGACAAUUCUUGAAGAAAACCAUAGUAAAAGAUCCAACCAAUUAGUAGAUUUUGAGAAGAAGUUUAAGGAAGAAGCAGCAAGAGAAGAAAGACAGGUUUUGGAAAACAUUGCAAAGCUAUUAGCAACUGCAACAUCUAAGAAAAUUGCUAUGGUAUCAGAGGCAUCAAGAAAGAUUGAGGACUCAAAUAAACAAGAGAAUGAGAGGUUGCUACAGGAGAUGUCUGACAUGCAACAAGUUUCAACUGAUGCUACGAAUGAGUUGGGAGAAUACUUGCAGAACGCAGAAAGUCGCUUCAUGGAAGAAACAUUCUCAGCAGCUGAGUGUAGUCUUGCUAUGCAAAAUUGCCUUCAGGAGUGCUCAAAGAAAGCAGAGCAUUCUAAGCAACAAUGGGAAAAUGCCGAGUCAUCCAUAACCAAUAUUAACAGAGACAGUUUUGCUGAGGUAGAAUCUACUGUCAGGACAAAUAUUCAUGAAAACCAAGUUGCACAUGAGGAAUUUGUUUCUACAUCUUCAUGUGCUGAUGCAGAUUUUAAUGCUAGAGUCUCUGACACUUUGGCAGCUAUUAAUGAUUCACUCUUACUGGACCUCGAAAAUAAGAAAGAAAUAGAAUCAAUGACGACCUUGUGCUUAGAUCAGCUUGACUCAAUACAAGACAAGCAUGGCGAAAGCAUAUCAAGCAUUAGAAGCCAGGCAGAGAAGAGCCUUACAAAAGAUUAUUUGGUUGAUGAAAACCAUAUGCCUAAUAAAAAAGUUAUAGCAGUACCAAGUCUGGCAUCUAUAGAGGAGAUGAGAAGCCCUGCAUUUGAAAAUCUAAACAACAAAACGGCAAGUCGUAUAGAAAGCAAGAUACCUCGUCUAUCACCCAUCAGAACCCCCUUCGUAGAUAUAAAUUAGUUUUAGUCAGAAGACAAAGUACAUGAAAUUUGUCUUCUCUACAAGUUUCAUUCUAUCUCUAUUUGUUAUCUCAUUUGUUAGCAUUUGCUAGAAAACAUACCUUUAUGGUUGGUAGUUCAAUAAUGCAAGCUUAAAUCUUUUUUCAUUCUCUUUAAGAUAAAUAAAUAAAUAAUAAUAAUAAGACUAUUUUCAUGCAA